AUGACCGAAGUCGAAGAUACAACACAAAUAUCUAAACCAUUAACAUUUGAACCAUUAAGUUCUCUUCCAAAUGAUACAACCGUAACAACAACUGAUCAUGAUGAGUCUCGGCAACAAAAAACCAUUGCAAGUGACUUAACAACAAAUAUUAUAACUGAUGAAAGUAAAGCAAUCAGUGAAAAUCAUCAUGAAAAUAUUGACAGUAACGGCAUGAAUAAUACAGAUGAAUUAACUUCUAGUUCUUCUCCAACAUCAAAGCAGGUAAACAAUCCUGAACAUACAACGAGUAAUGGCGUUCACAGUACCGAUGAUUUCGAUAAUGAAGAUAUACAAAAGAAAAGGAGUGGUGUUAUUCAUGACAUUAGUUUAGGAUCUGGUGAUGAUACAAAUGCUUCACGAAGAUCAGUAACUUCUACUCAUCUACAAGAUGGUCAAGUGAAUAAUUCAGCGCCACAUACUACUGAUCCAUCAACAGAAAUAGAUCAAACAUCGCAACCCUCAACUGAACCACCAAUUCGACCAACGAGUGUAUUAGCUUCAGAUGAUCAUCAUGUAUCGAAUGAAAAACGAUUAUCAUCAUCUGUUCAACAAGUUGAACCUGCAUCUGACGGCAAUGAUCAUCAUGAAACACAAGAAGAUUCAACAAAAACGACUACUCUUAUUGAUAGUACUGUUGAUCAACAUCAAUCAGAUGAUGAAUCGAUACAUAGAAAAACAGAAACUAUUGAUGAUGAUCAUCAUCAUCAACGACCAUCAAGUGCUAUGAAGCAAAGCAUGCUUGAUGAAACAACAAAUUUUCGUGCAGCAUCACCAAAACCGUCAUCUUCACGAGCACAAUCAGCAACUAGUAAACGAUCAGUUCAUGUUACACCAGAAGAACCUUCAACAUCCGGUGAUGAAAAACGUACCGAUAUGAGUCCAUCAAAAUUAACACCUGAUGCUGGCAAUGAUACUGAUAUUGACAAUCAAGAAGUAGCAAAUGUUGCUCGACGUCCAUCACGUGCGAUGUCACCAUUGAAUCGUCCACGAUCACCAACACCUAAUGACUCACGUAAAGCAUCAAUAAAUAUGGAAAGACCAUCAUCAGCUCAUGCUACACCAUUACAAUCGCCAACCGAUGAUGAUACAAAUCAUUCGGCAGUAGAUCAUGACCAUACGAUAAGCCCAACUGUCGAUAAUAAUCAUAGAUCUAGCUCACCAGCUGUAUCAAAUAAUAAUAAGCAAGAAGAUGACGACGAACAAAAACAAACUGUUGAAGCGCCAACAACGUUCGUCUCGUCAGCAUCACGAAGAGAAAGUACAAACACACAUGAUCAACAACAAACAUCUCGGCCAACAAGUGCUUUGAAAACAAAAUCUGAUGAUAAUUCAUUUGAACCAGCAACUAGUCGACCAGGUUCUAGUCGCCUACAUGAUGUGAUAGCAACAGAUGAACAUUUAAAACUUAUUAAACCAGGUGAGCAACUUCAAACUCCAACAGAUGAAUUCGAGAAUGAACGAACACACAGUCUACCGCCAUCAGCAAUUGAUACUCAACCCAUGAUAUCAGCUGUUCCUUCUUUAGACAGUAAUAUUGCUCAGAGCGAAGAAAAUCGUUCUCGACCACCAAGUGCAGUUAAUCGUAAAAGUCCAACAAAAAGUAUGCUUAGUAAUGAGAAAGGCAUCGAUGACGAAGUUCUACCAUCAGAUGACUCGACAGAUCAUGAUAUUCAUCAACAACAAACACAUGCUACCGAUGAUAAACCGGCAAGUCGACGUGAAACUCAAGUUGUUGAGAAAACAGGACAUAUUUCUGGCAGCCGGCGAGCAAGUGCUUCUCAACAGCCCGAAGAAUUUGACAAUCAUCGGGAACCAUCAAUAACAAGUCGGGGAACAAGUAAUGAGGUACAAGAAUCAACAAGUCAAAAUGAUUUCGUAUCUGAGCAACAAAGUAACAGUCGAAGAGAAAGUGCUAAUCUUGAACUGAAACCUUCUAGCCGAAAACCAAGUGUUACGUCUGUCGAACAAACACCAAGUAAAAGAGGAAGUAUCGUCAAUGAACAACAUGUAUCUAGUAAACGACCAAGUGUUGCUUCAGAUCUUCAUAUUGGCAGUCGUCGAGAGAGUACUAAUAAUGAACCACAAAUAGAAAUCAAGCGAGACAGUACUGUCUUCGAACAAGCACAAGCUAAUCGAAAAGGAAGCACUACUUCUGACGAACAACCGUCAAGCAAAAGAGGAAGCAUCACUCACGAACAGCAUGCAUCAAGUUCGCCAGAAAGUUUUCAUGAUGAAGUGAAAAUUUCAAGUGGAAAAGAAAGUCCUAUCCCAGAACAGCAAGUAUCUAGUAAACGGCCAAGUGUUGCUUCAGACGUUCAGACCGACAGUCAUCGACGAAGUGUUGUUGAUGAUAUACACACGCCAAGCAGACGAGUGAGCACAGUUAGUCAAAAAAAGUCUCCUAGCCGAAAAGCAAGUACUGCAUCCGAACACGACAUACAUAAUAAACGAGAAAGUAUUACUUCGAAUCAACCAGUAUCAAGUCGACAAGGAAGUGCUGAGAACAAACAACCAUCAUUUAGUAAGCAUGGAAGUACUGUUAGUAAUCACGAAGUUGCCAGUCGCCGACAAAGUUCUACUAGUGAAGCACAUGUAUCAAGCAAAAGAAGUAGUAUUACAUCCGAUAAGAAAAUUCCUAGUCGAAAACCAAGUAAUGCUUCUGAACAUGAAGCACCCAGUAAUACCGAUAUUGUCUCCCGAGAACAACAAAAUUCAAGUCGAGAAGAAAGUAUUAUUGAUACACGUAAAACAUUGAGCCGUCAGAGUAGUACAACUUUUCAACAGCAACCAACAAGUCAAAGAGAGACAUUAUCUGCUGAACAUGAGAAAUUCACUCAUCGAAACAGUCAUGCUUCAGAACAUCACACCUCCGAUCAUCAACCAAGUACUAAUGAUCAUCAUGAACGAAAGCUAUCGAAUGGAUCAGUUGCUCGAAAAACAAGUGCAGCUGAACGAGAACAUGCAUCUCGUCGAGCAAGUGAACAAGAAGAAAUCGCGCCAUCCAGUCGUCGAACGAGUACAAAUAAAGAUAAACAUGCAGCAAGUCCUCGUCAUUCAGAUGUAGAUAAUAUUUCUGCACCACAAGUAUCAAGCCAUCGUAGUAGUUUAAGCAAGCAAGAUAAUCAACCAAUCAGUGCGCAUGUUCGCAAAGAAAGUCAUCCAACAUCGGUGCAUAGCCAAGAUACCAAUCAUCAACAAAUAAACAAUGAACCAAAUUUAUUACAUAGAGAUCAUUCAUCAUCAGAAACAGAAGCUCCAAAUCGAGCGACAAUUAAACAUCAACGAGAACGUGUACCAGUUAAUGAAAAACGACAAAAAUCUUCAUCGUCAGUUGAUAACAGCGAUCAUCAUCAAGCAACUACUAUUCCUCGACGUUCUAGUCAACAAUCAAAACGAAAUUCAAGUAAAACUACUGAUGAAACUGUUGUAGCACCUAUUAUAAUGGACCCAUCAAAAGUUCGACAACAUAGCGGAAACCGUGGAUUUAAAGGGGAUUCUGAUAAUGAAUAUACAUCAAAAUUACCGCCUGUCAAUAAAUCAUUUCAAAAUAAAACACAUCAUUCAGAAACAGUAAAUAGACAAAAAAUUCCAUUAUCAAAUCGAUCCGAAACGCAUCAUGUAUCAUCAUCACGUUCUUCAACAAUAAGUGACAGUGCACAAAAACCGAAUUGGUUGAAACAAAUUCCUAUUCCAUCAAUUCAUUUUACUGACAAUGAAACUUCGUCAGCAAUGGACCAAGGAGUACGACCACAAUCACCAAAUGUAGAGCAAAUCGCUGAACGUAAUAAAUUAAUAACACCGCCUCCACCAAGAACAGCAAAAUCAUUCACAGGAAAAAAACGAAUUGUUACGGAGGGAUCAAGACGAAAACAACAAGGACAUUUAUCACGUCGAAGUAGCAGUGCUGACUCAGGAGCUAUUCGCAUGGUCGAUGAUGAUUCACUGGAUUCAUCAUCAGACAAUAAUUCAAAUUUUGAAACACAACGACGCCGACAUAACAAACUGAAAAAGAGAGAUGCUGAAACAAAUACUGAAGAUAUAUACGAUAUCGAACAACACAAACCACAACGUAGCUUUUUUGAUGAAAGAGAAUUAACUCCACAAAAACCAUUAAAAGCAACAAAACCACUAUCGGAUCAUUUUCAUGAUACACAUCGACAUACAUCAAAUAAAGAACAAACCUUAACAACACCUGAUACAACAUCAAAUAUAGAUACGCCUACUAUUCAACGUACAGUGAAAGUAGCAAAAGAUCACAGCCAAGACAAAGAUCCUGUUAACGUUAAUGUUACUGUUGUUGUUAAAAAGUUCGCUGGUACAAAUGAGGACGGAAAUACACGUACAGUAACCGAAGCCUAUUUUGAGCCUGUUCAACAUCCAUCGGAAAUUCCUUCAUCAACAAUAGACGAUAAAGAAAAAGCUGAAAUAUCAAACGAACGUCCUAGAUCAACCGAGCAACCACUCUUACAAUCUUCAGAACAAUUUAUUAGCUCGAAUGAUCGUCAAAUACAAUCGGAUACAGAACAGAUGACAACUGAAAAACAAAAGAAACAUCGUCGACCAAAACGUAUAUCACGUACAUGUCAAACAUAUGAAUGUGUUUUUCGUCGUAUGGAACGAGACCAACAGCAUGAUUUACGAGCAACUAGUGACACAGAAAAAAAUGUUCAAACACUUAAAUCACAAUUACGUCCAAGAAAAAAAUCACCAAAAAAAAAUUAUCCUCUUUAUCUAUCGACUGAUUCAUUCAGUAGAGUAGAAGAAUUACUACCAAAAUCAUUUCAUCAAUCACGAAAAAAUAUAUCAAAAUCAUCGGCUAUUGGUCGCAGUUUAUCACCGCAAGGUGGUAAACUCUUAAUUCUUCGUCCAACACUUCCAUUUCAUCAUACGGAUGCAGUUAAUGUUCAACGUGUAUGCCUUCAAUAUGCUAUUGAUUUAAUUCCGAAUGAUAAUGCUACACAUGCUCCAAUGUCUGCUAAUCGAAAUAUAUCAAAUGUUCUUAAACAUCCCGAACAAACAAGUAGUUUACCGAUGAUUAGUGCAUCGACAUCAGGGCUUCAUCAUAUGUCAUCAAAUAAAUCAACAAAAUCAGCAAAAUCAGCUUCAAAUAAAAGUGAAGAAUUUACCCACCAACGUAAAAAUGGUGGUGGUGUUUGA